AGUAAGCACUUAAAACAUUACAAAAUUAAAAAGGGAAAUAUCGAAACAUUAUUUUUAAAAUUUAAUACAAUAUGUCUAUACACUUCAGUGGGGCUUUAAAGCGUUCUAAUGGAGUUAUAGCAGCGAUAAGCAAGCAGUUGAAAAGUGUUAAUUUAAAAGGUGUCAAAAGAAUAACUAUUACUUUCGAUCCCUUCACGGAAAAUGUGAGGCCGACAAGGGAUUUUCUAUCACUGUUGUCAGCACCCAAAAUAUCUCAAACAAAUCCAAAUUGCAUAAUAAAAACGGACGUUGUUUGUAAUCGACAACCAUCGGAUAUAAAAUUCACUUUAAUUGACUCCGCACAAGAAAAAGCACAAGUAAAAGAGAUUCGCUUUAUUAGCGACAAUUUGACAACACUUGAAUUAUUACAGUUGCUUAACAAACACAUUUCGGUACUAGCGCCUGUUGAAGAGAUAACGUCCAAGGUAGCAACUAAAGGGGAAAAACAAAAGUUAGCUGCAAGUGGCAAGAAAGGAACCAAAAAGAAAUAA